GUGCUUAACACUGGAAAGUUGUUGGUGGUGGCGGUAGCACGCAGAGAGCGGAGAAGAUGGUGUCGUUGAAGCUACAGAAGCGGUUGGCCGCCAGCGUUCUCAAGUGCGGCAGGGGAAAGGUUUGGCUUGAUCCCAACGAAGUCAAUGAAAUCUCCAUGGCCAAUUCUCGACAAAACAUAAGGAAGUUGGUAAAGGAUGGGUUUAUUAUCAGGAAACCAACUAAGAUUCACUCUCGCUCUCGUGCUCGUCGAAUGAAGGAGGCCAAGAGGAAGGGUCGCCACUCAGGAUAUGGUAAGCGUAAGGGUACAAGGGAGGCAAGGCUUCCUACCAAAAUCCUUUGGAUGAGGAGGAUGCGUGUCCUUAGACGCUUGCUUCGCAAGUACAGGGAAUCAAAGAAGAUUGACAAGCACAUGUACCACGACAUGUAUAUGAAGGUGAAAGGUAAUGUUUUCAAGAACAAGAGAGUGCUUAUGGAGAGCAUACACAAGUCCAAGGCUGAGAAGGCAAGAGAGAAGACCUUGUCUGACCAGUUUGAGGCAAAGCGUGCAAAGAACAAGGCUAGCAGGGAGAGGAAAAUUGCUCGGAGAGAGGAGCGCUUGGCUCAUGGUCCGGGAGAGAAGCCAUCAGCAGCACCAAGUGCAACAGCAUCUCAGCCAGCUCAAGCACCAAAGAAAUCCAAGAAGUGAGUCAUAAUCCAGAGAUUUGAUGGAUGGUAGCUCGUUGUGGGUGCUGGCAUCUUCAGUUACUGUGCUCAAGUAAUUUUUGUCGAGUAUCUUUUUGUUGGUUUUAGAUUUUUAGUUACUCUGCUUAUGUGUUUGUCCUUUUAUAUAGCCAACUUAAAACUUCAUCCGACAUUUUAUAAUAUGCAUUAAUGAUAAAUUUUUCCAUAAUAUUUUAAAUGGCGAAAUAAGACUCUAUUGU